CAACAAUUCACACCCCAUAUGCACUCGCAUCAGGCUUUCUCGCUACCUCAUAUCGACCAUCACGGCGUUCUUACGACGGUUUUUAACGAGGCGGGGGGAAAACUUUGGAUAUGCUGGCCACGAGGUGAUGUUUCUAAGUGGGCUUGUUCAAAUAAUCAGCCUAAGCGACCAUAUUGUGGACUAUACUUGUACCUAGGCUGCACCUUAAUCCAGCCACCAGGAACUAUUCACGCCCCAUUUUCUAUCAGAUGUCCUUAUGACCAGAACAAUGCACUGGGAUAACCGAAACAUGCUCCAAAUUAUGGAACUAUCGAAGCUUGAUGCGGAAUAUCAACAUAUUACGAACGAAGGAGUGGCUAAGGAGUUCAUACGCAAGAUCGGACGGAUCGCGGACCUGUGGGCACAAGGCUGCCCUUCUUGGACGUGGCCGCAAAUAGAACACUAUGAUCAAUUCAUCGCUAUUAAGAAUGGUUUGAACAGGGCUGCAAGUGUAAGAAGAGGUGGGGUAAAAGUUGCAAAUGUCAAGGAGAAUGCAAUUGUCGUUGCCACGAUGGAGACCCGUGUCCUUCUUAAGCUAUAUUACAAAUGUUGCGGGAUAUAAGGCGGACGGAGUAUUGAUACCUUCGUAUUACAGGCCGCUUACCAAUGCCCAUAGUUAUGGGAAUGACAGAAAACAUAUCAUGCGUACCGGAGAAAUAGAGAGGCUUAAAUAAUGUGUUCGGAAAUUUCCAUCCAGGAAUUUGCAUAAAUAUAAGAGUAACUGGGGAGGCGACUUACCAGAAGAUCGUCUCACGGGAGGGCUCUAGGCAACGAAGCGACUUUAAAUAUCAUAUUAGAAGAGAAAUAUAAGAGUAGCUACAAGGUUAGG